AUGUUCUUGCACAUCACACACAAACAUUCUUCUGCCUCCUCUUCUCCCUCUUCUUCUCCCUCCUCUUCUCCCUCCUCUGCUCCUUCUUCUACUCUUUCCUCUGUUCCCUGCUCUGCCCCCACCUCUACUCCCUCCUCUACUUCAUCCUCUGCUGCGACCUCUGCCCCCUCCUCUGCUUUCACCUCUGCUCCCACCUCUGCUCCCUCCUCUGCUCCCUCCUCUGAUUUCACCUCUGCUCCCUCCUCUGCUCCCUCCUCUGCUCCCUCCUCUGCUUUCACCUCUGCUCCCUCCUCUGCUCCCUCCAAAGCUCUCACUUUUUUCCUAGCCUCUGAUCCCGCCUCUUUUGCCUCCUCUGCUCCCGCCUCUGCUCCCUCCUCUUCUCUCUCCUCUGCUCCUGCCUCAUUUCCCUCCUCUUCGCACUCCUCUGCACCCUCCUCUGCUCCAUCCGCUUCUCCGUCCCCUCCUCCCUCCACCGCUCUCUCCUCUGCCACCUCCUCGUCUCCUACCUCUGUUCCGUCCUCCUCUCUCUCCUCUUCUUCAUCCACCUCUCCCUCCAUUACUCUCUCCUUUGGCCCCGCCUCUGCUCCCACCUCUUCUUCAUACUCUGCUCUCUUCUCUGCUCCCACCUCUUCUCCCUCCUCCAUUCCCUACUCUGCUCCCUCCUCUCCUCCUUCUGCUGCUCCCUCCACUGCUCCCUUCUCUGCCCCUCCUCUGCUGCCUCCUCUUCUCUCUUCUUUGCUCACUCCUCUGCUCCCACCUCUGCUCCUUCCUCUGCUCCCUCCUCUUUUCUCUCCUCUGCUCCCGCCUCUUUUCCCUCCUCUGCUCCCGCCACUGCUUCCUCCUCUUCUCCCUCCCCUUCUCCCUCCCCUUCUCCCUCCACUCCGCUCUCUCCUCUGCCCCUCCUCGUCUCCUAACUCUGUUAGAGUUCCUUUUCUCUCUCCUCAUCUUCAUCCUCUUCUCCCUCCACUACUCUCUCCUUUGGCCCCUCCAAUGCUCCCUCCUCUUCUACCUCCCCUUCUCCGUCAUCUGCUCUCUCGUCUGCCACCUCCACGGCUCCAACCUCUGUUUAGUCUUUAUCUCUCUCCUCUUCUUUAUUCUCUUCUCCCUCCACUACUCUCGCCUGGCCCCGCCUCUGCUCCCUUCUCUUCUUCAUACUCUGCUCUCUUCUCUGCUCCCACCUAUAAUCCCUCCUCCAUUCCCUCCUCUUCUCCCUCCAAUCUUCCAUCCGCUGCUCCCUCCUCUGCUCCCUUCUCUGCUCCCUCCUCUCCUCCCUCCUCUGUCCCUUCCUCUGCUCCCUUCUCUGCCCCCUCCUCUGCUCCCUCCUUUGCUCCCUUCUGUUGUUAUGGCCAUGUGUCUGCGCGCGUGGGAGGGGGGGGGGGUUUGGCAAGGAAUAGAGAGUGUGGGGGUUUUGCUGAUCAAGACAUGUGUCGAUAG